UUUUUUUAAUUUCUCGCUUUUAAUACAGGGUGUCUCAAAAGUCUGUCUUGAAAAAGAAAACGUGAAUAACUUUAAAUUAGUUUAAGUAAUUUAUAAUUAUUUGUUUUUUUCCUAUAUGAUGAUAGUAUGUUCUUUGACACUAGAUAAAACACUGUUUUUAAUUCAUUUGUCCAAAUAGGAUAGGAUAGUAGUAAAUCGAAAAAGUUAUGGAAGAUUACACUCAAAAGUGCUUUUCUCAAAAAAGAGGCGAAAUCAGAGAACAUUUUCAAUAGUUUCUCAAAUUCAGACUAGAACUAAACUUCUUCACCUCAAAAUAAAUCAGUUGUCUUAGCUGAGUGGCUACAUUGAUCAACACAUAUCUCGAAAGAACUGUGUGCAAAGCUUACUAUCAUCAGUCAUGGAAUGAUCGUGGACAAGUCUUAUACGACUUGCUCGAUAGAAUGCUGUGUAUAUUGUGACAUACAUCUGCUCUUAUGGGUAGUUAGUAUGUAUGGGAAGCGUAAGAACUCUGCCAUUAGGCAGCACUUUAUAGCACAAGGUAACUGAAAGGCAGGUUCAUUUCAUCUCUAAAUAUUUCAAAAAGGAUGAAUUUACAUAUUUCCGAUGAUAGUACUCGUUUUAGAAACUAGAAAUAAAACUUUAAAGAGCAGAAUACUGUAAUAAAGAGAAAAUAUAUAAAUAACUUGAACUAUUUAAGAAAUAUUCAUAUUUUGUUUUUCAGAUCAGACUUUUGCCAUAUCCUGUUCAUUCAGGGGUCCCAUCUUAUUUCUCCAUUGUUACACAUUGACUUAUCAAUGAUUCUCUUUUUUUUUUCUCUAUUAUUUCUAAUAUUUGUUUGAAACUACAGCUUUUUAAAUUUUAUCUAAUAAAAACUUUAAGAAUUAAAAAGAAAAAGAAAAAUUAUAUUUCAUUAAUUAUCUUAUGAUUUAAAUUUUUAAGGUUCAUGAUUUACAAACAAAAUUAUGUAGUGCUCGUGAUACAAUUCAACAAUUAAAAGAUCAAUUAAAUCAAAGUGAAGCUGAACGACGACAUUUAGAUCAACAAGCAACAACUUAUAAAUUACAAAUUGAAGAAUUACGCCGACAAUUUGAUGAUACAGCAACUGAACGUGAUCGUUCAAAAUCAGCACUUGAAACAUCAAAUCAUGAACGUACAAAUAUGGAAAAAAUUCGUAUUACACUUAAUGCUCAAAUUGAUUCAUUACGUGCUGAUUGUGAACGUUUACAACACUCAAAUACAGAAUUACAACGUCAACGUGAUUUAAUCGAAGAAGAAAAAGAUGAUUUACAAAAAGAUAAAAGUCGACAAGUUAAAGAAAAUGAACGUUGUAUUAAAGUUAUUGAUAAUCUUGAAAAUAAAAUUUCACAAUUAAAAACUGAUAUAACAGAAUUACGUGAACAAUAUCAUAAAGAAAAAUUAGCUAAAGAUGUUCUUACACAAGAAAAACAUGUACUUACUGAUGCACUUUCACGUUCAGAAUCUUAUCGUGCUGAAGUUGAACUUGAUCUUAGUAAAGAACGAAGUGAAAGUGCAGCUUUACGAGAUUUACUUUGUAAAGUACAAGCACUUAAUGAAGGUCUUGCACAAGAUAAAUUUGAAUUAAAUAAAAUUAUUUUAUUGGUUGAACAAGAAAAAAAUUCCAUACAUAAUGAAAAAUCUGAUGUUGAACAAGAUAAAACAACACUUCGACAAGAACUUGUGAAAGUUGAACAAGAAAAAAUCGAUGUUGAGAAUGAACGAGAUACUCUUCUUCAUCGUUUGCAAUUAACUGAAAUCACUCGUCAACAAAUUGAACAAGAAUUAAAUAUUGUUAAUAAAGAAAAAGUCGAAAUCAUUGAACAAUAUCAACAGUUAACUCGAAUAAAAACUACUUUAGCUGAAGAUUUAAUUGCUGCUAAAAAAGAUAUUGAACGACUUAGUGAACAUAAUGCACGUUUAAAUAAAGAAAAAGAAGAAUUAACUAAAGAACGUGGUAAUCUAGUUGUUGAUCUUAGUGGUACAGAACGUGACAAUCAAACAUUAAAUUCAACAAUCAGUGCAUUACGUGCUGAAAAAGAAGCUCUUGAAACUAAUCUUUAUGAAGCACAAAAUACAAUAAGUCAACUUGAAGUUAGAAAAGAACAAUUAGAAGGUGAAAAUCAAGAAUUACUUUUACGUAAAGAACAACUUCAAGGUGAAAUUCAACGAUUACAUGCUGAAUUAAAUGUUGAAAUUGAAAAAUCAGCUCGUCAACGUGAACAAUUACAUCAACGUUUAUCACAAUUAGAACAUGAGAAAGAAACAACCAUUCAACAACAUCAUCGAGCUCAUGAAGAAGAUAUUGAACGUAUGACACGUGAACGUGAAAAACUUCGUCAUGAAUUAGAAGUAGCACGUGAAGAAACUAUUCGACAAUUAACACGUGAAAAAGAUGAGUCAGUACAACGAUAUGAAAAAGAAAAAGAAGAUUUACAUUAUGAAUUAGCUAAUAUUAUUACAGAACGUGAUCAAUCAUUAAUUGAAGCUGAAAAUGAAAAACAAAAAUUUCUUUCAAUUGCUCAAUCUGAACGUAAUGCUUUAACAGAAAAAUUAUCAACAACUAAAGAUGAUUUAUUACGUUUACAAGUUGAAUUUGAUAAAAUACGUCGUGAUGCAGCAUUACAUCAUGAACAAGAUCGACAAGUUAUAUUAUCAUUACAAGAUGAAUUAAAAAAAUUUCAUAUUAAAUUUGAAGAUGCAACAAUUGCUAAUGAUCGUGAUGUAAAAGCAUUAAGUGAUGAUAUUGAACAAUUACGACAACAACGACAAUUACAAAAUCAUGAAAAUUCUGAAUUAAAAACACAAUUAAAAUUAAAUGAAGAAAAUCGUGAUCAAUUAAAACGUGAUUUAAUUGAAUCUAAUCGACGUAUAAGAGAAUAUGAAGAAAAUUUAACAUUACAACGAAAAGAAAUUCAUGAUUUAAAACGUUAUUUACAAGAUGAACAACGUGAUAAAGAACUAUCAUUACGUUCAAGUGAUGAUUUACGUACAAAAUUAAAGAGUGUUGAAAAUGAAAAAAUUGAUUUAAGACAAUUAUUAGAUGAAGCAAAACAAAAAAUUCUUGUACUUGAUGAACAAAGAUCUCAAUGUCUAAAAGAUGCUAAUGAUCUACGUCAUAAUUUACGUGAUGUUGAACGUUCACGAUUAGAAGCUCGGCGUGAAUUACAAGAAUUACGUCGUCAUGUUAAAAUGCUUGAUAGUGAAACGAAAAAGAAAUCUAAAGAAUUAGAAGAAUUAGCUGAUCGUGUACGACAAGAUGAACAACGUGAAGAAGAAAUGCGUCGUGAAGUAUUUGGACAAAAACAAAAAUUCGUUGAAGCUGAAGCAUCACGAGAAGUUUUACGUAAAGAAUUAGCUAAUAUUCAACGACAUUAUGUUGAAUUAGAAGAUGAACAACGAAUGAAAGAACGAGAUUAUAAAUUAGCUGUUGAAGAUUCUCGACGUCUAGAACGUAAGGCUAUCGAAGAACGACGAAAUAUUGAAUUAACACUUGAAAAUGCAAAUCAAAUGGUUUCGGAAUUACGUAUUGCAUUAUCAGGUGCUGAAGGACGAGCAAGUGCACUUGAUACACAAUUAGCACGUGUUGAAGGAGCUAAACGUGAUGCAGAAUAUAAAUUAGGUAGUAUUGUAUCAAGUUUACGUCGUACUAUUGGUUAUGGUUCACGUAGUCGUAGUGGUGCACGACUUCGAAGUCGUUCACCAAGUCCUAAUAUUCGUCGUCGACCAAUAUCACCAACAAAAGGUUUUGAUAGUAUUGAAAAUCGAGCAUCACCUAUAUUACGACGAACAUCACGUAGUCCACAUCAUCGUUCACGAUCACCAGGUUAUGAUGUUGAACGUGCUCGUUCACCUGGUUCAACAUUUGUUGAUGUAGCUGAUAUUGAUCCAGAACAAAUUCGUUCAGCAUUAAGAGAUUUUGUUCAAAGUUUUAUUACUACUGAACGUGAUCGAGAUGAUUGUGUUGCUGAAGCUACACAAUUACGUCGAAUUAAUAAAGAACUUGAAGAUAAUCUUUCAAGAGCAGAACUACGAUAUAAUCAAUUACAAAAAACACUCAUGUCAUUUGAAGAAGACAAAAAAGGUGUAGAUACUCGCUUACACAGUGCUCAAAGUGCCUUAUUAUUACAUGAAGAUACUAUUCGACGAAGUGAACGUGAACGUAAAACAAUGAUAGAUCAAAUAACUGCACUUGAACGACAAAUAUUAGCUAUGGAAAAUGAUAAAAAACAAAUUAUUGAAAAAAUGGGUUUAUCAAAAUCGAAUGAAUCACGUUUGUCUGAUGAAAAACGACAAUUAAAACGAGCAUUAGAAGAAAAUGACGCUCGUGCAACGGAACUUGAAAUGACAAAUCGUGGAUUAGAAGGUGAAAUUCAACGUUUAAAUAUGAUUCUUACUGAUAAAGAUACUGAAAUUCAAGUACAUCAAGAACGAUGUGAAACAUUAAUUAAACAAAUUCAAGAUCGUGAAGAAAAAUGUCAAUCAUUACAGUUAAGUGUUGAUCGUCUUUCUUUAACAUUAGCUAAAGUUGAAGAAGGUGAAUCAAGUUUAAAAACUCGUGUACAAUCACUUAAUCAAACAUUAUCACAAACAAAUUAUCAAGCAGCUGAUUUACAACAAAAACUUGGUAGUCUACAAAGUGCUUUACAAGGUAGUGAAGCUGAUCGUCGUGUAUUACAAGAUAAACUUGAACAAUCACGAUCACAAAUUAGUGAACUUAAAAAACAAAAUCAUGAAUUACUUGAACGUGUACAUCAUCUUCAAAAUGAAGUUACUGAUUCAGAUAUGAGACGACAUGAAUUAGAAAAUCAAUUACGAAAUACGAAUACACUUCUUGUUCAACGUCAAGAAAGUGAACAAGAAGCAAUUCAAAAAAUUUCAAUAUUAACAUCAGAUAGACAAGCAUUGCAAGAGAAGAAUGCUCUUUUACAACGACAAUUAGGCAAUCUUGAUCUUGAAAAACGUGAAGCUGAAAGAUCAAAAUUACGUUUAGAAAAAGAUAAAAAUGUUUUGAAGAAAACAUUAGAUAAAGUUGAACGUGAACGUGUUGUUACUGAAGAUAUUCUUCGUUCAUGGGAUCGAGCAGAAUUUGAUCGACAAUUUCGUCGACUCGAAGAAGAAAAUCAAGCUUUACAAAAACAAGUCGAACAUUUACAAGCAGCUCUUAAUGAAUCCGAACAACAACAUGCACAACGUUUAAUUGAUUUAACGACACGUAACAGACGUGAAACCGAGGCUGAAACUGAACGUAUUCGUACAUCUCAAACAGCUGCUGAACGUGCUUUGGAAGCACGAGAAAAAGCACAUCGAGCACGUGUUAAAGGUCUCGAAGAACAAAUUACAACGUUAAAAGAGCAACUUCAUCAAGAAAUGCGUAAACGUCAAACAUUUUUGACUCGUUCAUUAACUAAUGGAGAUGAAAUCAGUGCACUUCGUCGUGAAAUCACUGAUUCAUUAUCUUUUGUAUCACAAGAUCCACGUGGUCUUGAUCCAGUUCUUUUAGAUCAUGAAACAAAGCGAUUAGCAGAUAUUAAUGAACCACCUGUACGUCAUCGUUCACCAAAUAGACGUACUCUAUCACCAUCUCUUGCCGUACGUUCCAUGAGAGCUGCAGCUACUGCAGCUGCAACAUCACCAUCUCAAAUCAGUUCUCAAUCACCUAGUACACGUGCGAGAUCAUCACGGCCACGCUAUUAA